ACGGUCCCUACCCAACAGCGGGCUCACAGUCUAAUAAAUACGAUUGAUUGAUUGAGGGCUCCUGGUUUGGGGAGGGGACCUCACCGCACCAGGCCAUGAUCGUCGCUUGGCGCGUCUCCGCCAGGUUGUGCCUGGCCCCGCUGAGGGGCUUCGAGGCCGGAAGGGGCGAACGCCCACCGAAUGAGGCCACCCCUCUGCGCAUCCCACGCGGGUGGCCCAAGCUGGCGCUGGCCUUCUGGGGGUCCAGAGAGGCGUCCGGGGGCCGACGAGACCCCCUUCCGAGCGCCCCGGGCGGCCCCGUCUUGGACGCCCCCGAGGCCCCGCUGCUUGGCCGCCUCUUCGGCCAGCUGGGCCUGGGGCUGCGGCUGGGCCUGCGGGCCUGCGUGCUGCUCCUCAAGUUCGCGCCCCUGCUGCUGGCCUACCCCCUCACCCGCCUGUCCCCCCGCUUCUCCUCUCUCUGGCUGCGCCUCCUGCUCAGGGCCACCGAGUCCUCGGGCCCCACCUUCAUCAAACUGGGCCAGUGGGCCAGCACCCGGCGCGAUCUGUUCUCCGAGGAGUUCUGCGCCACGUUCUCCCGCCUCCACGUUGGCGCGGGCCCGCACCCCUGGGCCCACACCAAGCUGGUCCUCCGGCGGGCCGUGGGGGAGGACUGGCGGCGGGCCCUCCGCUUCCAGAGCGAGGAGCCCGUCGGGGCCGGCUGCGUCGCCCAAGUGUACAAAGCCUACGUCAGCGUUGACUACCUGGAGGACCCCCGCUUCCGCGGGGCAGGCCCGGACUCCGGACCCGGGGGCCGGCUGGGGACGGGCCUGCGAGGCCUCUUGGGGUACCCGUGGGUGGGGCAGAAGUUGGGGGGGACUUGGCCGGACCCCCCGUUACCCAAGGCCCUGGGGGCCGGAAGCCCCCUGGGCCGAAAUCCCUCGCCACCCCUUGACCGUGGGAAUGAGCCGGACCGCCAGAUCCCAGUGGCGGUCAAGGUCCUGCACCCCGGCCUGGCCCAAAAAGUCCACAUGGAUUUGCUGCUGAUGAAGAUGGGCAGCCGCGUCCUGGGGCUGUUGCCAGGGGUCAAGUGGCUCAGCUUGACAGAGAUCGUGGAGGAGUUUGAGAAGCUCAUGAUACAACAGAUCGACCUGCGCUACGAAGCCUGGAACCUGGAGCGCUUCCACCACAAUUUCCGGCACGUGGACUUCGUCCGGUUCCCGACCCCGCUGCGGCCCUUCGUUACCAGCAGCCUCCUGGUGGAAACUUUUGAAGAAAGCGUGCCCGUCUCGAGCUACCUGCCGUUGGCCGUUCCUCCGGAGCUCAAAAGGAAAAUAGCGAGGCUGGGCAUCGACAUGCUCCUGAAGAUGGUGUUCGUGGACAACCUGGUGCAUGCUGACCUGCAUCCCGGGAACAUCCUGGUCCAGGGCGGAGACGGCCCGGCGGGCACACGCGAUCCCCCCGUGGCGGCCGCGAAGCCGCCCGCCCUCCCCCUGCGGCUGGUGCUGCUGGACGCGGGCAUCGUCGCCGAGCUGCGGGAGGCCGACCGCGAGAACUUCCGCGCCGUCUUCCGGGCCGUCGCGUUGGGGCAGGGCGAGAGAGUGGCCGAGCUCAUCCUGCACCACGCUCGGGCCAGCGAGUGCCGCGACGUGGAACGCUUCAAGGCCGAGAUGGCGGACCUGGUGACCCGGGUCCGGGAGAACACCGUCGCCCUGGGCAAGCUCCAGGUGGCCGACCUGCUGUCCAGUGUCUUCAAGCUGCUGAUGACCCACAAGGUGAAGCUAGAGAGCAACUUUGCCUCGAUGGUCUUGGCCAUCAUGGUGCUGGAAGGGCUGGGCCGUUCCCUGGACCCAGGACUGGACAUCCUGGAGGCCGCCAAGCCUCUCCUCAUCAGAAACCCAACUGCUGCCCUGUAGACGGGAGGCAGGGGAGCGGGAGAUGGGCCUGGAACCUCGUUGACCGGGUCCCUCUCGGGCCACAAGACCUCCCCUCCGGGCCUCCCCUCUCCACUUCUAGCCCGUCGCUGGCCUCGGGCGGUGCUUUCAUGGUUAAGGACAAGCGAGCACUGGAUCGGCGUGCCGGUGGACGGCUGUCAGUUGAGCCCCUCCCAGGGGGCCGGGCUCUGUACUGGGGGCCCAGAGUAGGUGCCAGAACCCAAAUGCAUCCAGACUGGAGCUCUUUCCCCUCAUCAUCUCCCUUGCCCCCAGUCGUGGCCGAAGGAUUUUGGAGGGACCGGGCGACGAGCAAGAACUGUAGAGAAAAUGGUCUAAGCUACCGACCCAGGAAAAUCAGCCAUUCCCUGGGCUUAAAAUGGUGGUGGGUUACGCCCUGCCAUGUUAAGAAAAUGGAAUCCAACCCCCUGGAGAUCCAGUAAGCUUCCAGGGGCGGGAGACACCAACCCGCUUAGAAUAAUAAUAAUAAUAAUGAUAAUGAUGGCAUUUUGGGGCCCACCCAAGGCGGGGGGCUGGACCCUCCUUAACGGCCCUGCAAGGGGCGGGGUGAAGAACUGGGUUCUCUUGGUGGCGUAGAAGUCAUUGGGGAGCAGGGAGUCGGGGUGAUGGUGGUGGUAGAAGUCACAUUUAUUGGGCGCCCACUUGGUACAAUACAGCCCUGUAGUAGGCACUUGGGACCGUGACAAGUUCCUUGCCCCCAAGGAGCGUACACCCUAGUAGGGGAGACCAGCGUGGUCAAAAGAGAUAAACCACCCGUUGUGGUCAGGAAACUCUGUCAGCAUGUACUCUCCCGAGCGCUUAGUACAUGGUCGGCACA